AUGUGCCACAUCGUUGUCGCCCAGCGCGUGUGCCAGGUCUGCAACUGCAGCCAAGGCGAGACAGUUAUUAACUUCACGCGCUGCGCACGCAAGUGUUCGAGCCCCUUCUACUGUCUGACUCCCAAGGCGCAGAUAGAAAUCUGCUCCCUCUGUGCGCCGAGAACCACGACGACGCUCUCCACACCGGUCAUGUCACGAAACAGCAGCAUCGAUGCCAACGACAACGAAGCCGUCUCCACUGCGGCUGCUGCAGCUGCACCGGCGACGGCGGCGAUUCCCGCCGUCAGCGUCGCCCCCGUAACCAGUCGCCGACUCUCUUGA